AUGGCUGCACCCGGCACUACGACCAAUACGCCAGCUACCACGAUGGCUGCUCCAUUAACUACGACAGAUGCACCCAGCACCACCACGGCUGCACCUAGCACCACCACGGCUGCACUUAGCAUCACCACGGCUGCACCUAGCAUCACCACGGCUGCACCUAGCACGACUACAUCAGCUCCAGGCACCACAACGAAUGCGCAUGCUAGCACGACGGCUACUCCUACGACUACCACGGAUGCACCUCGCACCACCACAACUGAGCCCAGCACCACCACCAACACGCCUGUUGUCACCACAGCUGCACCUAGCUCCACCACAACUGAGCCCAGCACCACAACGGCGGUUCCAGGCACUACGACCAACGCUGCGUACACCACCACUAAGGCUCCUUGUACAACGACUGUGAAGCCUUGCACGACUAAGUUCAGGACACGUCCGUCGACGACGAAAUUUUUGCGCACAACCAAUUCUCCGUCCGUCACUGGUUCCUAA